GAUGGAUUUCUAUCGCCGAGUCCCCUGGACUUCGAAGAAGAAAAUUCCUCAAGGCAUCGGGCUGGGGAUCCGCGCGGCUGUUUUCAGCCACGCACGCGCGCCGGGACCCGCUUCGGGCGGGGCUUCGGGAGCGCGCGAGGCCGGGCGCCGCCAUGCGAUUUCGGGCCAAGAUCGUGGAUCUCGCCUGCCUCAACCACUUCAGCCGUGUGACGGGCACGAUCGCCAGGCUGGCCCGGAGCUGCACACUUCGUCUUACCGCCGGGAAGCUCUUCUUCAUCCUCGCUGAUCGCGCGGCCGGCGGGGGUGCGGGGUUGUGGUGCGAGCUGUGCCAGGGCAAUUACUUCGAUGAAUUUCAGAUGGAAGGAGUAGCUGCAGAGCACAAUGAAAUCUAUUUAGAGGUGGUGCCUGAGAACCUGUCGAGAGCAUUAAAAACUGCCCAGAAUGCUAAGGCGUUCAAGAUAAAGCUGACUAACAAACACUGUCCCUGUCUCAGAGUUGCUGUGGAGCUGGUCAGUAUUUACCUGCCUGUGCUUAAAACAAUGAAGAGUGUUGUGGAGAGGAUGAAGAAUCUCAGCAAUUCCAUUGUGAUUGAAGCAAACCUGAGUGGAGAAAUGAACUUGAAAAUAGAAACUGACUUAGUAUGUGUAACAACGCAUUUUAAAGACUUAGGAAAUCCUCCCUGGGCAUCAGCAGAUGGAUGUCAAAGCUCUUCUCAAGGCAGAGAUCCAGAGAGCAUGGCUGAGGCACGCAUAGACAUCAAGAAGCUGCAGCAGCUGCUUGCUGGACAGCAGGUUAAUCCCACAAAAGCAUUGUGCAAUAUUGUGAAUAAGAGAAUUGUCCACUUUGUCUUGCUCCAUGAGGAUGUUUUGCUUCAGUAUUUUAUUCCAGCACUUGCCUGAAUGUUUUGGAAUCUUAGUCAUUUUCCAGCCUGAGGCAUUUUCCACAAAGUCUGAAAACUUUCAUGAGUUGCUGGACUACUCUCGUGAUAUACUGUUAGAUGGACACUAUUUCCCUGUUUAUGAAAUUCAAAAUACUUCCUUCUUGGGAAGGCUGUUUUUGUGAAGAGUUACAUGCUAUGAAAGACACAACACUGAGGAGCUGGCAUAUCUGAGUGUUACAAGGAGCAAAACUGAAAUUUGUACAUGCUUUUGGGAUGCUUUGAGCCUUCGAAAGGCAACGUAUUAGGUUUUUUUCUCAUCAACAAACAUAAAGGUAUAAUUGACCUCUGGAGCUGCUGCUGUACGUGCAGCUCAAAGUUGUCAUAACUCCACGGAGCAGGAGAACCCUCUGCAGGGUUGACAGAUUUGUAUUUGCCUGGACGGGUAAGCACAGCCCUCCUGAAGUGGUGUGGGAUUGACUUUGAAUCAAGCAAUGACAUAUAUGGACUUGAUGCUGCUGCAUGUUGUGGAGCAGGAAUGUGUCUGAGGCAGAGGAACUUCCCCUAGUUGCCAGCAUGUAACAGGAUUUAGCAGAUGCUAAGGAGCACCCACAGCUCAGCAGUGUCUGUUUGUACCUAGUUGUAGCUUUUGACUUGACUUACUCCAGUGUACUUCAGUAGUUGUUAGUGCUUGAACUGAUGUGUUUAGCUCUUGGCCUGAGAGGAUGAGAUAAACAGUCUGAAUUACAUUCUUAAUGUGGGCAGUAAAGGUCUCUAUCUACAUGCAGAUUGAAUGUCGUAUGAGGACAUGUGUGAACACAGCAAUUUGUGUAAAAUAAAGGGCAAAAUAUCUGUGAGUCACAUUUUUUCUCCUUUCAGAUUGCAAAGCAUUGCACAAUCUGCGUUGUCAUGAUGUCAGACAUGGUUCCAUGUGAUGAACCAAUUGUUUUAUGCCAAAAAAAUUUUGUUAUAGCUGAAGCCACUAAGACAAAACAGAGUUAUGAGCCACUGAUGCGACUACAAAAUAAGACCAGCCAGCUUCUCUCCAGCACUUGGUUCUUCUAAUGCACGCUUGUGUAGUGAGGUGUUAGGACUGUCCACCACCUCCUGCAGCUCUGGCUCAGAACUCCUCUGGCCCAGCAGUUGGAGCCUACCUUCAGAUACUUGGAUGCUGGGUGUGUGUAUGCCCUGGACUGAAGGAUGUACCUGCUGCUUUCCCUCUUGCAGGUUCAACAGGCACUGAAGCUGAGCUUGUGUCCCAGAGAGACAUGCAGAAACACGCAGGGCACUGACAUGACUGGUCACAGAAUUCCAGAGACAAGCUGUGCCUUGAACUGCAUCUACAUACAGGAUCCAUGUAAAACAAGCAUAGGCAGCCACAUUCCCUUCCUCCUCUUCAUCUGGCAGAGACAGAAUGUCACUAGUGUAGGCACAUGCACUAUGCUCUCUAGAUUCAAAAGCACAGAUGUAUUUUUAGAUCCCUUGAGUACUGGUAACUGUUCUCCUGAUACCCCUGCAUAGAUCCCGGCACUCUUACCUACCCUGUGGGUUCCCUUUGCAGGUCAGUGCUUGCAAGUACCCGGCUUUCCAGGUCAAUGUUUGCUAGUACCAUGCAACACUCGCACUGUUGUCCCACAGGCAUCCCAUACUCAUGGGUCCCUCUGGAUAUGAGCACACACUCUUUGCCUGCCUAAUACCCCAGACCUGACCCAGGCCUUCAUACUCACUGGCUCAUCCACCUUCAAGUUUGACAUCAGCUGCACACCGCCCACACACCUAGUCUGGGGAACACACAGACACUUGUAACCUCCCCCCCAUCAGCCAGCAUUAGAUACACAGAUUGUGAUCCAUGGUCCUGCUCCAGCCAGCAGCACCAAGCCUCACACAUGCCUCACUCAUGCCAGUCUCCCCUAUUAAUUGAAUUUUGGGACACACACCAUUCCCACUCCAGUGGCUGAGACCCCUGCACUCGUUCCAGCAGCUGACAUGAGAGCCUUGAGGUACCUAUAAAUGUGGGACACUGGAAUUGUCCAAUUUGUCAAGGCCAAUCUUGCAAGAGGGCCAAACACUGCUGUGACUUUGUAAAAGGGAGUGGUUUGACUUAAACAACUUUAUCUGGUAAGACAUGGAUUGGGUGGUGGUCUAAUGCUCAAAUCAGCUGAAUGUCUUCUGGGGUGAAGUGGAGACGACACAGCCUGGAGUUCCUUCAGUCUUAACAGAAAGACCCUUGAAAGCAUGUACUGGGCUCCAUACCUUGAGGACGUGAUGUCAGGCAUCUGAUGACAGGAGCAGCCUCCCAGAGUUUUCAAAACAAAUUGGCACCUGAACACCCUUUUGUUGAGAAGGAGGAAUUAAACAACCACCUUACUUGAUGGACAGGUUGACGGGCCUGGACCUCUCUUCUACCCCAAGAAUGGAAGCCCUUUUGGUAGGAAAAGCACCUCCAGCUUUGUCAGAUAUUCCCUGGGAAAAUAACUUCUAAUGCAAGUUUCAAUUGUUACAUCUUUUCUAUAUAUAUAUUAAAGCAUUGUUAACUGGUUGUAAUAAGCUAGUGCUAAUAGAGCAAGUGAAUUUAUCAAUGGCAAUUCUGAACUUGUUUUAUCUGUAGCUUUAAAUGAAUUGUCUCAGCAUUGCUAGAUUUCCUCGGUGACUGCUGUGAGGGUCAGGCAUUGCAAAAUGGGGACCCUCUGACCAGCGUGCAGUUUGCUGUGCAGAUCCCAUCCACAGUGAUAAUCCACAGUGAUAAUCGGUGAAAAUGGGUGAAAAGUUUCCAAAACAAGUUAAAAGUAUUGAAAACAAUUUAAAACACAUCUAGAAAGGUAAAACCAAGAGAAAACAAGUUGAAAUCACUUAAAAUGAGUUAGAAUGAGUGAAGAAAAUUCAAAAUGACUGAAAAACAUUGAAAACAGGUGAAAACGAGUGAAAACAAGUUCAAGGCUGAGAACUAUUGAGAAGGUAGAGUCUAGUCCUGCUAUCCUUUUCACUGCAAGCCACAAACUAUGAUUUGAUGACACUUCUCCUGCAGUGUGCUGUCGCACACCGAUACCACAGUCCACUAAGCCUGGCUGUAACCAUGUAUGUGACCAGGGAUUUCUUCUGAAGGAAGUGUAUUAGCAGAGAAAGCUGCUGCUUGUUAUUUCCUUCUCCUUGUAAAGCUUUCUCUGCAAACAGAAAAAAAAUGGAUAGGAGAAUAGUUUCAUUUGAAACGGUCAUCUGUGACUCAACUGUGUUCAGUAAAGCCUGACUGCACAAUCUGAAACAUCCAGAGCCUCCCUACCCUCCAGCAGAUCGACACUUCCUCCCAGCUUAGUGUCAUCUGCAAACUUGCUGAGGGUGCACUCAAUGCCUUCAUCCAGGUCAUUGAUAAAGACGUUGAACAGAGCUGGACCCAGUACUGAGCCCUGAGGAACUCCACUUGUGACUGGCCUUCGGAAGAAGGAAUGCUGUUCCUUCUGAUUGCCGUUUUACUUCCCCGUCAAAACCAGAGAUGAGCGCUUGCUACCGUCAAAGAUGGUCAUGUAUGGCUCCAAGAUGCUAAAAAAAACGCACAGCUUCUAAAACAGAAAAUGUCCAAGGAUUGCUCCUACAGGAAAGGUGCAAGGAGGGAAAUCUGCUGCUAGGUAGAGUCUAGCCCUGCUAUCCCUUUCACUGCAAACAACGAACCACGAUUUGGUGAGAAUUUUGCUGCAGUGCACUGUCUCGCAUGAAUACCACAGUCUGCUGAGCCUGGCUGUAACCAGGGAUUUCUCUUGAAGUAAGUGUGCUAGCAGAGAAAGCUGCUGCCUGUUAUUUCCUUCUCCCUGUAGAGCUUUCUCUGCAAACAGAAAAAAAAUGAAUAGGAGAAUGUUGGAAGAGAUGAUGAGCAAAAAAUGGCCACAAGUGUUAUUAAGCCUCUGCAGCAGGAGUACAGAACAUUUAAUAUCCAGCAAGCCAUGGGCCUGAGAAGAAUAGACAUUGCUGGAACAUGAAGUGCCAACAUGGCAGAAAAAAGAAGUCAUGAAAACAACAAUUAUCAUGGGGAGGUUGGAAUGAGAAAAACACACCGUGGAAAUUUUUAUGAGGGGCUUGUGGGAGCAGCGUUGACAUUUUUAGUAAGGUAUAAAUAUGAGUUUGUAAUAAUAAACUUGGUCUUAGCUUGAAACGAAAGCUGAGUCUGAUCACUGAGGAACCUGAACAUAUGUAAGUCCAUGGGACUUGAUGAGAUGCACCCCAGAGUCCUGAGGGAAUUGGCAGAUGUGGUUGCCAAACCACUCUCCAUGAUAUUUGAAAAGUCACAUCAGCCAGGAGAAGUC